AUGUCUUUACUGCACUUUGGUGCACUAAGGCUUUUCUUCAUAUGGCAACUGGUCCUGGCUUUUCCCAUUCCAGAGUUCACUGGGAACCCACGCCAGUCGACUUCAGAGCCCUGGGUGCUAACCAAACUCUGGUCUUGGCACCCUUCUGAUCAAUCACCUAAAUCCCGACAUAUUCGAGCACCCGAGACAGACAAAGGGGGCACUGAGUAUCUGGGGCCCCCUGCUCCCAAGGAGAUAUUGGCCCCACUUGAGGAGUUGACUGACAGUUUACUUCUAUUCCAGGACCCCAGCACUUCUCGGGAGUCGAACCCAGAGCCUGCGGAACUUGGUGUUUCACAUCAGCAUCUGACCAACAAGCUGAUACCACCUGGGAAGCAGCCAGAGAACAUUUUAACACCAAAUGGGGAUCGAGUUCAGGCUCCCAUCUGGCCUUCACAGUUCAAAAGUACAGCCAGUCUAGCUGAGGCUGCAGAUCAUCAGUUGGGUGCAAUACUUGUUCCACCAUUAGACAGCCAGAGUUCACGAGCAACAACCUUCAUGAUUUCACCGAAGGAGUUGAAGAAAGAUUUAACUCAGCACAGGAAACUUGCUAAGGUGGUUGAUGGAAAACCUCAAUUUCACAAACAAACUAAGGAUGAUGAUUAUGGUGACCUGAGUAUGAAUGAAGCUUAUUCUUACAGCCUCCCUCUGCAAUCCCAGGAAAACGCAGACGAAGCUCCAGAGUUCCUAGAGCAGGAUGAACCUGACCAGUUGGAGACACAAGUUCAAAAUACAGAGAAUCUCCAUCAGGAAGCUCCAGAUUAUUUCCCACAGGAAGAUGAACCUUUAAUCCAAAAAGAAGACUCAGCUCACCAUCAGCUUCCUUCUGAGGAAUCAUCAGUUCAUCCUGAAAUACGUGGUCCAUCUCCAAAUAGAAAUGAAGCUCAGCACUCAAACCUGCCAAAUGUGACAGUGAAUCCUGUGGCUUCAGAGGCAGAUAAGGAGGUACAAGCUACUGUGGGCCAGCAACAGACCCUAGCCCAGUUUGCAGAGAGUUCUGAGUUGUUGGAACCUUCAUCAACCCAACAAGAGGCUCCAGCUCAGAUUUUAGAGCUUCCUGAAAACCUUGGAAAUUCUGGUAGCCAUCUAAAAGCUCCAGCUCUGCCUACAAAGCUUCCCGAAGAAACCAGUCCUCUAGUUGAGCAAGAGGGUACAGUUCCAGUUCCAGAAUCCUCUAUGCAGAGUAUAACUGAAACUGUAUUAACCACAAUUCAAAACCCUAGUCAGGUUCAAUUUCUCCAUUAUACUUCGCCCAUGAUUACAGGUAAGCCUGCAGAUAUGGAACCAAAAAUUACUUUUGAACCUAGAACAGAGAAUGAGUCAUCUCCAUAUGAGGAGGAGACUCCAACUCAGAUUCCCGGUCCUCCUGUUGAAACUGAACAUUUCAUCAGCCAGCAGCAGCAGCCAACUGAACUUUCUGAGUAUUCUGAGGAGGCUGAAUCUUCUGGAGUUGAUUUGGAGUCUCCAGUUCAGCCUCAAGAGGAAACAGAGGAGUUAGGACCUUUACCAAUGCAGCCGGAAGAUUUAUCUCAACAUCCAGGUCCUCUUCUGGAGGAUGACUCUAAUCUCAGUGAACUAGAGCAGCCAGGUCAACUUUCUGAGUCUCCUGAGGAGGUAGAAUUGGGUUCUGGAAACCAGCCAGAAGCUUCAGUUCAACCUGCAGAGCUCCCUCCAGUUGAACAAGAGGCUCCACUUCAAACUCCAGAGUCCCCUAUUGAGAAUGUGGUUGAAACUCCAACAAUUCACAAAGUCCAGCCAGAUCCAAAUGAAGAGCACCAUUAUUACUUACCACAUGUUACAGUUAGACCCGUGGAUGUGGCACUUACCAUAACUUCAGAACCUACCAAGGAGACGGAAUCUUCUCUGACCCAGCAGGCAUCCCCAGUGCAUCCUUUGGAGUAUACUGAGCAGAUGGAACCCUUUCUCCAUGAGGAGAAGCUUCCAGCUCAGGCUUCAGAGCCUUCUGGAGAGGGUCAAUUUCAAAGCCAGCUGGAGGUACCAGCUCAAGCCUUAGAGUAUGCUGAAGAGUUUAAACCUUCUGCAACUGAGCAGGAACAAGCAGCUCAGUCUCCAGAGCAUCAUGAAGUGACAGAUUUGCCUCCAGAUCACUAUCAAGCUCAGCAUUCUAGCCUGUCUUAUGUGACUGGUCAACCUGCAGAUCUGGAGAUUACAGUAACAGAGAAUCCUGUAGCUGCGAUGGGAACUGUGUACCAUGAGGCUACAGCAUCUGAAGAGGUUGAACUGUCAAAACAACAGGGUGUUUUAUAUCAGCCCCCAGAACCUAUUCUGCAUCAUAAACCUCUAAGCCAGCAAGAAGAUACAACUGGAAUAUCACAGAUUUCUGAAGAAGGAAAACCCUUUCCAGCACAGCAGGAGACUUCAGAACAGAUGCUAGAGCUGCCCGACGAAGAACUUCCAGGUUACCAUGAGGUAACAGUUUCAUCCCUGGGUCAUGGUCAAGUUUAUUUUUCAGCAUCACACAAUAUCCCAAUUGAUCAUCAAACCAACCCAAAAGAAGAUCAUCAUUCUCCAGUUAGUCAAGGGGUCCCAACCCAACCUGAAGAAUUUCCUGAGGAACCAUAUCCAAGUCAGCAGGGGAGCUCAACUUGGCCUUCAAUUACAGAUAGGUUUUCUUCAUCUGCAGAUCUAGAGGCAACAUUCAGAACUGAACUUCCAAAGUCAUAUAAAACCACUGUGAAACAUGUGGACCUAGAACUUACCAUAACUCCAGAACCUUCUCUGAAGGAUGGAUCAGUUCCAUUACCACAAGCAGACUUACGUCAGCCUAUAGACUCCACUGAGAAAGGUAAAUUUUCACAGAUUCAGACUAAUACCCUUUCAAAACGUCCAUAUUUCUCCAAAACUGAAUCUCUAGCCUUCCAGGAGGCCAUAGCUCAGACAACACACCACUUUAAAGAGGUACACCUUUAUUCAACUCAACAGGAAGCCUCAGAACUGCCUCCGAGUCACAGUAUGGGAGUAAGACCUUUUUUACAUCAACAAAUAACCCUAUCUCAUCCCACAGACCUCCAUGAGAAUCCAAAACCAUUUCUAGCGCUGAAGCCCACUGCAGCUCAGACUUUAAAACUCCAUAGAAAAGGAAAAUUUUCUCUAACCCAUAAAGUGAUUCCACACCCUCCAAAGCCACUGAAAAAUAUUGUAACUCACAUUCCAGCACACAAGAUGACUGUUCCAAGGCCAGAUCAGGAUCAAGUUGAGUAUACACUAUCACCUAAUGGUUUAUUUCAGCCUUUGGACCUAGAAGUUACUGUAACCCCAGGAAUUAGUCCAGAAACUAAACCUUAUAUACUACCAAAAAGAACUGUAAAUCCACAUUUUCAAGUAAAACUUCCACAUCCACAUCAUAGUGAGUCUCAACAUCCAAACCCAACUAAAAACCCAAUUCAACCUUUGGAUCUAGAAGUCGCCGUAAAUCUAAAACCUAAGGAGAAACUUUCUCAAACUAUGCAAGAGACCACAAAUCAAGUGACGGAACUUCCAGAAGAGAGUUUAACUCAAGGUCUAGAAUAUCAUGAGAUGACAAUUCCAAUACCAACUCAGGAUCAAGCUAAGUAUCCGGCAUCACUUACUGUCUCAUUUCAGCCCUUAGACCUAGAACUCCCCCUAACUUCAGAGCCUACCAGAGAGCCUCAGCAUCCUACAGUCCCACAGCACCCUCCGCAUCCAAACCCUACUGAAGCCACAGUUCAGCCUUUGGAACUGGAACUCACCAUAACUCAUAAAACUACUGCUGAGGGAGAACAUUCUCAAACUAUUCCAGAGACCACAAGUCUAAUUACAGAACCACCUAAGGAGGUUGUAGCUCAAGAGCAGGAAUAUCAAGAGGCGACAGUUCCAACAGAAACUGAGCAUCAAGUAGUUCCUUCAUCUCAACCUUUGGAUCUGGAACUCACCAUAACUUCAGAGCCCACCAGAGAGCCUCAGCAUCCUACAGUCCCACAGCACCCUCAGCAUCCAAACUCUUCUGAAGCCACAGUUCAGCCUUUGGAACUGGAACUCACCAUAACUCAUAAAACUACUGCUGAGGGAGAACAUUCUCAAACUAUUCCAGAGACCACAAGUCUAAUUACAGAACCACUUCCAGCCCCAGUAUAUCAGGAGAUGAAAGUUCCAACACCAGGUCAGGAUCAAAUUGAGUAUCCAACAACACAUGUUGUAUCAUUUCAGCCUUUGGAUCUGGAACUCACUAUAACGUCAGAGCCUACAAGAGAGGCUAAACAUCCUACAACUCCAAAGCACCCUCUGGUGAUAUAUCCAGAAAGUAUUCACUUUCAACAUCCAAACCCAACUGAAGCCACAGCUGAACCUUUGGAUUUGGAACUUACCAUAGCUCCACAGCUUACUACUGAGGGAGAAUUUUCUCAGAGCAUUCAAGAGACCACAACCCAGAUUACAGAACCACCUAAAGAGGCUGUAGCUCUAGCCCCAGUAUAUCAGGAGGUGACUGUUCCAAUACCAACUGAGGAUCAAGCUGUUGUAUCAUUUAGGCCUUUGGAUCUAGAACUCACCGAAAGUUCAGAGCCUACUAGAGAGCCUCACCAUCCUACAACUCCAAGGGAGACUACAGUUCCUCCUCCAGAGUACCCUCUGGUGAUAUAUCCAGAGCCUGUUCACAGUAAGCACACAACUCAGAUACCUGAAGUCACCGUUCAGCAUUUGAAUCUAGAACUUACUGUAACUUAUCAACCUAUUAAUGAGGGAGAGCUUUCACAAAGUAUGCACGAGAGCACAACUCAGAUUACAGCACCACCUAAAGAGGGUGUAGUUCAAGAGGUGACAGUUCCAAUACCAAUUCAGGGUCAAGCUGAGAAUCCAGCUCCACCCAGGAUCUCAUCUCAGCCUUCUCAGCCUCCUACAGGAACUCACUUUCGUCCAACUCCACAGGAGACUAGUGUUCAUCAUUCAGAUCACAGUGUGAUCCUGAACCCAGAAGUUUUCGUUCCUCGUACUAGAACUCCAACUAAAACCGUAGUUAACCUUGAUCGUAACUCAUCUACUCUAGAAAACAGUCCUGAAAAUUUGCAGAGGACCACUGCUGAAGUUAGAAAACCACCUAAGGUGUUUGUCGUUCAAACUCGAGGAUAUGAGGAGGGCAUGGUUCAAGGUCUAAUUCAGAGUAAAGCUGAGUAUCUAACAAAACCAUAUCAUCCCUUAGACAUGGAACUCACUGUAACUGCAGAGCCUACUACAGAGGGUCCUCAUCCCACAGCUCUCAGUGAGACUACAGAUCGUCCAGUGCAUUCUCAAGUGACACCUCUAGAACAGGUUCACAUUCAGCCUCCAAACACAACUGAAAUCACGGUUCAUCCUCCAGAUUUGGAAGUUACCAUAACUCAUCAACCUACUACUGAGGGAGGACUCUUUGAACCUGUGCAAAAGACCUCUCAGCCUCCACAGCCGCAUGAGGGGCUUGUUACCAAAGCUCCAGGGUUCCAUGAUAGUAAAGCUGCAAUGCCAAGUUAUCAAACUCAGCAUACAGUGUCACCUGAGGUCCAAGUUUACCAUCUUGAUGUGGAGCAUGCUUUAACUGAGCUAUCUAAGAUAGAGAGUGAACCUUUGGAAGCCCCAGGGAAUAUUACUACCCUUCCUCUAAAUAACCCUGAAGAGGUACUCCCACUUGAUGAGAAGAUUCAGGUUCAAAAUUCAAACCUAACUCAAGUCACAGCUCAGUAUUUACACUCAGAAUUUUCAAUAACUCGACAACCUAAUACAAUGGUUAAAGGUUCUGCCCCUAUGAAGGACUCCCCAGCUCACACUUCUGAGAUACCUAUGGAGACCGAGGCUCAGUUUCUAGAACAUUAUGAGACAGCAGCUCUAACUUUAGUUCAUGUUGAAGCUCAGCGUUCAGAUUCAUCAACUAUAGAGACUAAACCUUCUCAAGUCCUAGAGACUGCAGCUGCUUCUACAGAGGCUGCACAGUAUGGAGUCUCAACAACUACAGCUGCUUCUCCAGAAGCUGCACAUUCUACAGUCCCAACAACUACAGCUCCUACUCCAAAGUGCCCUGAAAUUACACUUCCACCUACAGAUCAGUUUUCGAAAAUGGAACUUACCAUAACUCCAUAUUCUGAAAAUUCCACUACAGAAAAAGAUUUAACUAUGGAACAAAAUGCCUACAUGUACAUCAACCUAUGUGAGUUCUGCUUGUGUGAAAAUGAGACACUGCUGUGUGUUCAUCUCAGCCCAGAGCGGAGACUCCACCAAGUGCCUGUGCCAAAGCCCGACUCAUACAACGACACUUUUACUAACUUGAAUUUCCAAGGAAAUAAUAUUUCUUACAUUGACAAAAAUGUAUGGAGAGCGUACCGUUGGGCUGAGAAACUAAACCUCAGUGAAAAUCACCUGACUGAAUUACAUAAGGAUUCAUUUGAAGGCCUGCUAUCCCUCCAGAUUUUGGAUUUAUCCUGCAAUAAAAUACGCUAUAUUGAAAGAGGGACAUUUGAAUCAUUACCUUUUCUGAAGUAUAUGAACCUUCGGUGCAAUUUACUCACUGAACUGAGCUAUGGAACAUUUCAAGCAUGGCAUGGAAUGCAGUUUUUACAGAAGUUAAUUCUCAGCCAUAAUCCUCUCACAAUUGUUGAAGAUCCCUACUUUUUUAAAUUGCCAGCAUUAAAAUAUCUAGACCUGGGGACAACACAAGUACAGCUGACAACGCUUGGGAACAUUUUCAUGAUGACCCUGCAACUGGGACAGCUAAUCUUACCUAGACAUAUGGCCUGCUGCCUCUGCAAAUAUAAAACUGAUAUUGAGGUUGUCUGCAAGACAGUCAAACUGCAUUGCCAUACUGGAUGUCUGACAAACACCACACAUUGUCUUGAAGACGCAUCUAUAGGGAACCCAGAAGGGGCAUUCAUGAAGCUGUUGCAGACCCGGAAGGAGAAUAACAGCACUGAACUCAUUAUUGAAUCAGAGACGGGCUAUUCAGACCAAGAAAAUGCCAAGUACUCCAGUUCCAUGGAAGAAGAGAUCGACUUUAAUGAUGAAAAUGAUGUUAUGAGUGCCCUGAAUUACAUACUGCCAUAUUUCUCUGAGGGAAAUCUGGAAGAUGUAGUAUCAACAAUGUUACCAUACAUUAAACUGCUGUUUUCUCAAGACCAAGAUUCAGAGAGUUCCUUGGGAUCUUUGCAGAAUGAUACACAAAGUCUUCUUCCUACAAAUGAAUCUGAAUCUGAUAACUUCACUAACAAAAAUAAAUUGAAUAAACUUUAUUUUCUAGAAAAGUUAUUAAAUGAAGAAAUUGAUGAGGUUAAAAAGGAAGAGCAAACUAUACUACAUAAGGAGAAGUCUAAUAAUUCAGGUAAAAAAUUUAAGCGAAAAAUAUUUCAAAAGAAAUGGGCACCUGCCCAGGCAGAGGAAAACAGUCUCGCAGAGAUUGAGAAGGCAGAGAAAAGACUCCGCAGCCUGAACAGAGUGCUCAAGAGGAUAGUAAGCAUACAGAAAAGGCACUUUAAGGGAGUGAGUGACAAGAGCCUGUGGAAUAAGCAGAGUGUCCAGACACCUGUGGAGAGUAUUGCCAAAGACGGGCAGCUCAGGAGCCCACCCACAGCGGAGUUGCAGCAGCUCAGUCUGGUUCAGAAGCCCAGGACGUUAGUGGGAAAUUCCUUCCACCCAGAGCCCUUGCUCCCAAAGGAGCAUGGGGAGGCAGUGUCUUCUUCCCCAGAACAGUCGCUGGUGGACAAGACUCCCACUACAAAAUCGCUGCCUGAGUUCAUAGACAGACGAAAAGACUUGUCUUACACCAUUUUCAUUUUAGAAAGUGCAAACGCCAAUGUGAAAAGAACAAAGGGGUCUAGCCCUAGUUUACUGUCUGAAAAGAGACACAGAAACCUUAGGAAGAAAAACUAUCAUUUCCGGUUGAUUGCAAAGAGUCCAGCAUCCUCUGCAGUGAGGAGCCUGGUAAAUUCCCCUGCAGGAGGGGUCUUUUCAUCUUUAGGAGACCUGAGUUAUGCAGAAAAGCCUUUUUCAGAAUUAGAUGCUGCCUUAGAACCUCCUUCCAAAAAACCUCUGGCUGCAUCUGAUGAUAUUGAUGAUAUCCAAGAAACCAUCUUUGAACCAACCACCCCUAUGUCUGAAGAACCUAUAUCCGAAAAUAUAUUCCCUGAAAUUACUGCUGUAGAGUCUUUUGGGCCUACAUACAACUUAAUUCCAACAGGUAUCACUGCGCCUGAAGAAGCUGCAUCAGAAAAUAUACCCUCUGGGAAUCCUAUUGUAGAGUCUAAUGUGCGUACCUCCGAUUUAAUUCCAACAGACAUCACUAUGCCUGAAGAAGGUGCAUCAGAAAAUAUACCCUCUGAAAAUCCUGCUGUACAGUCUAAUGUGCCUGCAUCUGAUUUAAUUACAACUCUUCAGCAAGCCAGCAAGCCACAGUUAGACUUCAUCUUGGGGCCUGACUCCCAUGAAUUUGCUUACUCGUUGCUGAUGUCACCAGGUGAACGCUUUGAAUCUCAGCUAAACCAGCAGCUGCGGCCCCUCAUCCCCAACAACAACGUGAGAAGGCUUAUUUCUCACGUUAUCAGGACUUUGAAGAUGGACUGCUCUGAUCCCAGCGUGCAACUGUCCUGUGCCAAGCUCAUCUCCAGAACAGGCCUCCUGAUGAAGCUUCUCAGUGAGCAACAAGAAUUCAAGUUGUCCAGGGCCGACUGGGAUACAGACCAGUGGAAAACUAACAACUACAUCAAUGAGAGCCCAGAAACCAAAGGUGGACAGAAGGGUCUGGAACCAAGUCAGAGCACAAAAGAAGUUCCGGGAUACGGCUACAACAACAAAGUCAUCUUGGCAAUAUCUGUAACUGUAGUAGUGACAGUGUUGAUUAUCAUUUUCUUUCUCGUUGAGCAAAACCUAAAGGACGCUGUUGUGAAGAGACAAAGAAGGGCAGAAUGGGCUCCUGAGCUCACUGAACAGGUUUAUUCCCACAGAACAAAAGAGGAAGAUGAAGAAAAGUCCAUAGGGAGUAAGAAAUGCUACAAGGACAGUGAGAGUCAGGAAGGAUUUUUCUGGCUAAGGUGGCCACAGUGGCUCACAGAUUUAUUCAAACGUGACAUACGAAAGAAGAGCAUGACUGAGGGAAUGCAGGUCAAGGAGUCCUCUGCAGAGGAGGAUACUACCAUUCAGGAUGUAUCAUGGGACGUCAAGGAAGAAGUGAUGCCGCCAGGUCUGAAACUGUCGGUCACUGAAGCAGAAGAGAGUGAAGGAGUUGUGAAGAAACUUUGUACCAAGGGGAGGGGAGGCCUCUUGGACCAUGGAUCGGCACAGACAACACAGAAACACCUGCUAUCACAGAAAGAUUCUUUAUUAAGUGGUGAAGAAAGAGCAGGUGCCCUUGCAGGUAUCAUUUUUAAGAAGAGAAAGAGGGGUGUCUAUGUGAGAAUGGGCUAGGAUGUGGUGGUGUGUUUUGAUUGGCCGUGUUAAUUAGGUGAACCAAAGGGGCUUUUCAUUGCUAGACCUCGGCAGUCAGGCUCGGGCAUGAGUCUGACAUAAGAAAGUAUCCAAAUACGGGAUAUAUGGGUACUUUAUGGCUAGCUUUACGGAUAUAAUCUGUGGUUAAUAAGUGUGGCGGCGUAAAUGAAUGCAGAAGGAUUAUAAAAAUAUAUACAGCUUUAAUAAGGAAAUAGACUUACAGGACCACAGGUUCCUGUGGAGAACAGGAAAGGCAGAGCAAAAAGGGGCUGCUGGGAUCACGCCAGGCAGAUUUAUUAGUAAACAUUAGCCCAAGGCGAACACGCCCCCAAUGGGUGGGGCUAUAUCCCUACAAAUAAGAGAAGCAGGAAGGACAAGGUCUGCCACUGCCACAUUUGACCGGGCUUGUUAGGGCUCAAGUUGUGUUUGUUCUUCCCUAGGUCUCUGAGCCAUCCAGCUUUGGGUUCCUGGCCAUACAAAAUAUACAUUUGAGGGGUAGAGAGACGGUUCAGUGUCUAAAAGCACUUGCUGCUCUUCCAAAGAACCUGGAUUUGAUUCCCAGCACUCACAUGGUGACUCAGUCUUACAACUCAUUAUAGGAGAUCUGAUGCCUGCUUCUUGCCUCCGUGGGUACCAAGCAUGUACGUGAUACCCAGACAUACAUGCAGGCAAAACAUCCAAACACAAUUUUUUUUUAAAAAAAAUUAAGCCUUUGAAUUGAAAUUUUAGACUCUUGUAUCGGGCAGUGAGACUGGAGUAGAAAUAUAAACUCAAAUACCCGCUCUGAAGGGAGGGUCUGCAGGCCUGUGGAAGAUUGGACCCCGCCCCUGCAGCAGGCGCGUGUAGGAACCCAACCUUGCUUCUUGUUUGUUGUGUUUCUCCAGCCCCAGUACUAGGCUGAGGAAAAACGGAUUUGGCCGCUGCAGGCGCUGAGAGAGAGACCGAUAGCCUCGGCUGCCUGUGCUGUGGUAGAAACUGACCCGCAGGGCAGCCGCCCGUGCCGAAGUGGGGACAGACAGGGCGGCUGUGCGUGGUCCGGCACGGGUCUAGAGCUGGUGGGCAGUGAGCCAGAGUGACCCCUAGCCGGCCGCACUCCUCACGAUCACGUCUUGGGCUUCCCACGGCAUUCUCUCUCUGUUCACAGCGUUCUCCCAGCUUGACCUUCUGUGUACAAUCCGGGUCUUCCUGAAUGCUGCAGGUGAUCCCGGUUUCUACAUCAUCAUCAAGUUUUACUGGGCGAGGGACGCACAGAGAAUCCCAAAGGCAUGCGACCAGAAGCUUUUUUUUUCAGGCUUUCUGGAAGGUUAUGUGAUUUUAUUGUAUUUUAUAUUUUGUUUUAUUUUAUUUUGAGACAGGAUUUCACUACGUAGCUCUGGCUGCCCUGGAACUUGCUUUGUAGACCAGGCUGACCUCGAACUCAAGAGACCUGCCUGCCUCUGCCUCAUCAGUCCUGGGAUUAAUGGUGUGCACUACCACUGCCCAGCAGUUACAUGAUUCUUUUAAGGGUUCCUGGCCAUGACUGUGGUGUGCUCAAGAGUACUCCUGUAGAAUAUUUCAUAUCAGUUUAUGUUGUUAUUUAUUUUUUAAAAUCUUCAUCACAAAAAUUUGGCUUUUAUUGUGCGUGCGUGCGUGCGCGCACGUGUGUGUGUGUGUGUGUGUGUGUGUGUAGGUAGGUAGGUAGGCAGGCACAGAAGACGCGGAGCACGGAUGUUGAGUCAGAGGAUGACUUUAUGGAAUCAGUUUUCUCCUGCCUUUACUUGGGUUAUAGGAAUUGAACUUAGGUCUUGAGGCUUGCAUUGUCGCGCGGCAAACACAUUUACCUCCUAAGUCACUCGCUGCUGCUGACUUCUGUUAUUUUUAUGUGGGUUUAAAGUGUGAGUUUGACCAACUUUGUCACUUGUGACUUUAUCUUCAUUACUCAGAAUGCCUGUCUGAACUCUGAUUCCCAGAAGAUGGACAAAACCGUGGUUCUUAACCUGGGGGUUGAACGACCCUUUCCCAGGGGGUCACCUAAGGCCAUUGGAAAACACAGAUAUUUACAUCACAAUUUAUAGCAGUAGCAAAAUUACAGUUAGGAAGUAGCAACAAAAAUAAUUUUAUGGUUGAGGAUCACCACAGCAUGAGGAGCUAUAUUAAAGCCUUUGGAAGGUUGAGAACCAAGGUUUUAAUGCCUUAUAGAAGCCCUAAUCCACAUUAACCGGCAGCCCAUUUUAUUUUCCCAGAGAUUUAGAACAUCCCGUUAUGUCCCUCAAUUCAACCACCUGACUGGCUGUUUUAUCUUUCUAUGCGCUGUUGACCUUGCUGCCUAUUCUUGUUUGUAUUGGUUCCUCAUGGAUUAAACCUUUAUUGACUUUGAGAACUCCACUCGGUUGUAAUUACAAGUAUGCUUGUCCUCUUUUGUAUACUGUUAAGACCUUAUUCCACUCUAGACCUCCCUCUUCCUAGAGUGGAAGUGACUACCUGAAGACAUUCUUUAAUUUUUGGACUAUGCUCUGCCUGUUCCUAUCCUAGAUAGGUCUCAUAUCCGAUGUGCAAUGUUCUUCUGUUUCAUUGACUAAUGAUUAAAGCUAUUUUGUCCAAUGGCCUAGCAGAGUAAAACCAGACUGGAAAUCAGAACAGAGAUAAAGAGAGAAAGUGGACCGAAUCUAAGAGAAGCCAUGUUGCUGCUGAAGAAGGACAUUAGAACCUUACUGGGCUUCCUGGGUUACUUCUUAUCAUCACUGUUUACCGAAGACCAGUUAAUCAUUGGCUCUGAAGAGUAU